AUCGUUCGACGACCACCAUGGUUCGACUGGUGCUGCCCAACCCUGGCCUGGAAGACCGCAUCCCCUCGCUGGCCGAGCUGGAGGUCCUAGAGAAGGAGGGAGCCAGCUCUCGGCCCCAGUGGGACAACAAAGCCCAGUACAUGCUCACCUGCGUGGGCUUCUGCGUGGGCCUGGGCAAUGUGUGGCGCUUUCCUUACCUGUGCCAGAGCCACGGAGGAGGUGCCUUCAUGAUCCCCUUUCUCAUCCUGCUGGUGCUGGAGGGCAUCCCCCUGCUGUACCUGGAGUUCGCCAUCGGCCAGCGGCUGCGCAAGAGUUCCAUGGGUGUGUGGAGCGCCAUCCACCCGGCCCUCAAGGGUGUAGGCAUCACAGCCAUGCUGGCUUCCUUCAUGGUGGGGCUGUACUACAACACCAUCAUCGCCUGGAUCCUGUGGUACCUCUUCAACUCCUUCCAGGACCCGCUGCCCUGGAGCCAGUGCCCACUCAACCAGAACCGCACAGGCUAUGUGGAGGAGUGCGCCCGGAGCUCCUCUGUGGACUACUUCUGGUACCGCGAGACGCUCAACACGUCAGCGUCCAUCGACGACUCGGGCUCCUUGCAGUGGUGGGUCCUGCUCUGCGUCACGUGCUCCUGGAGUGUGUUGUACGUGUGCACCAUCCGCGGCAUUGAGACCACCGGAAAGGCUGUGUAUGUGACGUCCACGCUGCCCUAUCUGGUGCUCGCUAUCUUCCUCAUCCGUGGGCUCACGCUGAAGGGCGCCACCAAUGGCAUUGCCUUCCUCUUCACGCCCAACGUCACGGAGCUGGCCAACCCGGUCACCUGGCUGGAUGCGGGUGCGCAGGUCUUCUACUCCUUCUCACUGGCCUUCGGUGGCCUCAUCUCCUUCUCCAGCUACAACUCGGUGCAUAACAACUGUGAGAUGGAUUCAGUGAUCAUCUCCGUCAUCAACGGCUUCACCUCUGUGUUUGCGGCCACUGUCAUCUACUCCAUCAUCGGCUUCCGUGCCACGGAGCGCUAUGACGACUGCUUUAGCACGAACAUCCUGACCCUCAUCAAUGCCUUCGACCUGCCCGAGGGUAACGUGACGCAGGAGAACUUUGCUGAGAUGCAGCGCUGGUGCAAUGCCUCGGACCCCGCCACCUACGCCCAGCUCUCCUUCCAGAACUGUGACCUGAACACCUUCCUGUCUGAGGGUGUGGAGGGCACUGGUCUGGCCUUCAUCGUCUUCACAGAGGCCAUCAUCAAGAUGCCCGUGUCCCCACUCUGGUCGGUGUUAUUUUUUGUCAUGCUGUUCUGCCUGGGGCUUUCGUCCAUGUUUGGGAACAUGGAGGGUGUGGCUGUGCCCCUGCUAGACCUCAAGGUGGUCCCUGCCAAGUGGCCCAAGGAGCUGCUUACAGGCCUCAUCUGCCUGGUGAGCUAUCUCCUGGCCUUCGUCUUCUCGCUGAACUCGGGCCAGUACUGGCUCUCCCUGCUGGAUAGCUACGCUGGCUCCAUCCCUGUGCUCAUCAUUGCCUUCUGUGAGAUGUUUGCGGUUGCCUACGUGUAUGGCAUUGACAGGUUCAGCAAGGACAUUGAGUUCAUGAUUGGCCACAAGCCCAACAUCUUCUGGCAGAUCAUGUGGCGGGUGGUCAGCCCGCUCCUCAUGCUGGUCAUCUUCCUUUUCUACUUCGUGGUAGAAGUCACCAAGCAGCUAACAUACAAUGUCUGGAACCCUAAUUAUGAGGAGUUUCCCCGCUCCCAGAACAUCCCGUACCCGGCCUGGGUGUAUGUGGUGGUGGUCGUCGUGGCCGGGGUGCCCAGCCUCAUCAUCCCUGGCUUUGCCGUCUACACGUUCAUCAGGAACCGCUGCCGGCGGUCAGGGGACCAGCAGGGACUGGUCAGCACACAGUCCAUGGUGUCUGUGAACGGGGACCUCAAAUCCUGAGGUGCCCAGCCCAAGGCACGCAGGGUGCUGAUGCCAGCCAGGCCAUCUGUGUGCCAGUCCAUGUGUGUAUCAUGCUUGUGGCAUACUGUGUGAGUGUCCAGUGUGCUGUGUGUGUGCACACAUCCGUGUGUGAGCAUUGCAUGCAUGUGUGCAUUAG